UUAGAGAUAGAUGAAAAUGGCUUUGACGUGGCUUGUUUUGGUCCUCUGCUUCCUGCAAUUCUGCGGAGGGCAAGACUUGCAAACACAAUUUUUAAGCCCUCACAACGAUGCGAGGUCUCAAGUAGGCGUUGGCCCUCUCGUGUGGGAUGAUACUGUCGCCGCCUAUGCGCAGAACUAUGCUAAUCAACGCAUGGCGGACUGUGCUUUGCAGCAUUCGGGUGGACAGUAUGGAGAAAGCAUUUUCUGGGGACAAGGUGCAGAGUUCUCGCCCGCAGAUGCCGUGAAUUCAUGGGUUAGUGAAAACCAAUAUUACGAUUAUAGUUCCAAUUCAUGUGCUCAAGGGGAAGAGUGCGGACAUUAUACUCAAGUGGUGUGGGAAAAUUCGCAGAAGCUUGGGUGUGCUCGAGUUAAAUGUAAUGAUGGCGGUAUUUUCAUCACCUGCAAUUAUGAUCCGCCUGGGAAUUACGUUGGGGAGAGGCCUUAUGAACCCAACGAACCCUCCGUGUCUGUUGUCUUAUAUUUAAUUAUUAAUGUUUAA